AUGUCCCUCUCGAGGGCGUGCGACGCCAUUGCCGGCAUCUCAGACACGACUACGCACGCACAGGUCACCGCUAUCGCUAGACAGUGCGAGGCACACCUCGGCAACGUGAAUGAGCUGCUCGAUGCACUGGAGAACACGCUGUCCACGUCGGCCGGGGCGCAGCGGCUGAUGCUGUGGUUUCUCGUGGACCGGCUGGCGAAGCAGCACGCACUCUUCUGUGACGCGCUGCGCCCGAUGCUGAUCCACUUGUGCACCCACUACGGGCCUGCCCGCACCUCGGACGAGUGGCAGGACUUCGUGACCCUCUUGAAAAGCUCGCUAUCGGUGACCUUUGGGCAAACCAUGGUGUCCCUCAUCCUGCUACAACUCGGCGAAGACGCGAAGGCGAGCGGGCCGGCCAAGGACGGCAACAAACAGCAUGCGCAGCGUAAGCAGCGAGGCAGCACCGCUCUCACAGUGUAUUCCAAGGCCCUCCGUACCACUGGGGCUUUUACGACCAAGGCCAUCGCUGUCGAGCGCUCCGCUGAGCACAAACACUCACUGCAGGUGAAGACGAUGGACAGCCAAAUGGCGAUGAGCGUAUCGAGCAGCUACGCGCCAUCUCGCCCCGUCGAGAUCGUCGUGCCGGAGAUGCGGCCCGACGCUAGCGCGCCGCGGGGCUUCAUGCAGGCAGUACCAGAGGGCUACAUGGAGAACUACCAAGAGGCGCGUCGCAAGCGCCUGCGUGAGAUGAUGGAGCGCAGCCGCGAGGAGCAGGACCGCAAGCAGGAGCACGAAAUGCUGAAGCGCGUGCGCCAGGACACUGCCAACGCCCCGACCGGCACGCACUCGGGUACUAACGCAUUCGGCAGCGGUAUGGGAGGGGCCGACGGGUCGUACCCGGAUUUCUCGGAUAUUCAGAUGCCGUUGGAGUUUCCGCGCGACGAACAUGGCGUGAAGCGCGGCAACUUUCCUCUCGGUGUGCGCUUCAUUCAGGAUGCUGUUGCGGCGUGCGGUGGCGCGGUAGAGCUGGAUGUGCUUGUGAGUCGCAUCUCAACGCUGGCGAACAGGGAGGCGGUCGCCGAGUUUGGCAACGUGCGCGAGUUCUUGCUUAUCCACUCCCCCACUUUCCGUCUGGUCAACGAGGGCGGCCAGUGGAUUGUGCGUCUGACGAACGACAAGAAUGUUGAUGAGGCGACGUGGAAGUCACUGCAGUGCCCAGCGUGCACAAAGGUGGUGCGCGGCCGCAACUUCGCGCGUCACUACAACUGUCGCCAGUGCAUCACGGCCCAGAUCGCGCUGGGUCUGCAGGACGACGCGGAGGGGCGUGGUCCCAUCGCAGAGCUGGCGCACGCGGCGAAGCGUGUGUUGUCGCUCCGCGAGGCGUGCGACGACGGAGACCUCGAUGCACUCGCCGACUGCCUCGAGCGCGCGGCGGCAGUGAGGCGCUUCCGCCUCGGCUCGACGCGGCAGUUUGCACCAAUCAUGAAGGCGAUGAGGGUUGUGCGAGACUGCUGGCUGGCCAAGAAGGGUGCGGAGGAGGUCGCGGACGCGGAGGUGACGGCGGCGGAUGCGUCGCUUGGCAACCUGUUUCGCAUAUUCGGCGAGAACAUUCACCGGCUCCCCAUUGCGUGGAUCGAGAUGGGCGACGUGAUUGACAUGUGCCACCGCUUCACAGACAAGGUGGCACCUCCCUUCAACCCUCCCCCGCGUCCGGCGGACCCCCGCAUUAGCCUGCAGAACGAGUACCCCGGGUUCUUGCUGUGCGAGAGUGAGGUGGACGACGAGGAUUUACCCAGCGACAAUGAAGACGAGUUUUCCGACGACGAGGCACCUGCGUUCACCUUUGCGCCACCGGUGGACGUGGCCGAGUCACUCUUCACAGCCGGCUUCGAGCGUGACACGAAGCGGCUGCAGCAUCGCAUGCGAACGGCACCGCCGAUGGUGCUUCAACGAGUGCUGCAAACCGACGGCACACAAACGCAGACGGAGAUGUACGCGGAGUUCACCAAGGCCACGCGCACACACUCGGGAUAUCACCAAGGGCACGGCGGCGGGAACGGCAACAGCAGCCGCAAUCGUCAUGGUCACGGUGGCGGCCCUGGGCGGGGUGGUGGUGGCGGCUAUCAAGGGCGCAACUUCCCUCGACAACGUCCGAACUGA